AUGAAGUGGCUCAAUCUCCUCCCCAUAGCCUUAGGGCUAGCCAACGCAAGCAUCAUCUCCUUCUCCCCCCCGACCAACCCAGACAUCAUCUACAGCCUCACCAUCCCCAACACCACGACCCUCUCCACCCCAGGUCCCAUCUACAUCCAAAUCACCGCCCCAACCUCCAUCCAAUGGGUCGGCCUCGGCCAAGGCGCUCAAAUGACCGGCGCCAACAUGUUCAUCCUGUACACCUCGUCAUCCACCAAAAUAACCCUCUCCCCGCGCUCCGGCCUCGGCCACUUCGAACCCCAAUACACAAGCAACACCCAAAUCACCAUGCUCCCGGGCACCGGCAUCUCCGCCAUCAACUCCACCACCGCCGCCCUCACCAACAGCUCAUCCUCCUCUGACAACACCAGAACAACCAUGACGGCCAACUUCCGCUGCGACAACUGUCUCACCUGGCAAGACGGCACCGGCACGAUGAACCCCAAGGACCCUAACUUCCCAUUCAUCUGGGCCUAUCGCGAGGGCGUCCCCAUCAACUCGGCGGCCAUGGACGCGGACAUCUCAAUCCACGACGACAUGGGUGGUAUCCAAGUCGACCUCACUCGGGCAGGUAUGCCCCCGCAACCUAACACCUCCAAUACCGAGGACGACCAAAUAAACCCCUUCACCAACUAUAACCCAGCUACGGACUCCGUCCCCGUACAAGCCCCCAGCACACCUACCUCCCCGCUCCCCAACCUUACUAAAAUGACGCAUAUCCUCAUCACCCACGCUACGCUGAUGUCCCUCUCCUUCGUGCUCUUCUACCCGCUCGCUGCUCUGCUCAUGCCACUCCCCUUAUCCCUCCCUGUCUCGAAGUUCCAGCUCCACAUGCCACUCCAGAUCUUCACGAUGCUCAUGACGCUUGCUGGCUUCGGAUGCGGAAUUUACCUCGCGUAUGAGACGGGGCAGUUGAAGACGGCGCACCCUAUCCUGGGGAUUAUUGUGGUCGGGGUGUUGGUGCUGUUUCAGCCGGCGAUGGGGUGGUUGCAGCAUUGGGGGUUCUUGAGGACGGGGGGGAGGACGGGGUGGGGGGUGUGUCAUAGGUGGCUUGGGAGGGGGGUUAUUGUGGUGGGCGUGGUUAAUGGGGGGAUUGGGUUGCAUGCUGCUAGGGGGAUGGGGAUGGCGCCGUUGGGGGCGGUCAUUGGGUAUGCGGUUGUGGCGGGCGUGGUUGGAGUGGUUUAUGUGGUGGGUGUGCUGGUGGGGUGGGUGGUGGAGAGGAGGAGGAAGAGGGUGGAGGGGGAGAGGGUAGAUGGGGAGGGAGUUGGGGAGGUGCAGAGGGGGGCAAGUGUGGAGGGGAGGGAUGUGCGGGAGAAUGAUGGGGAGAAGGGAGGGAGUGUGGAGGAGAGGGAUGGUUAG